UUCCCAAGGAAUACCCAGGUGGUGCCAGGGGAGACGUUAACCACCUGGCUCGCACCUGAGCCUGGACCCAGCAGGCUGGCGCCGAGAUGACCCUCUUCCACUUUGGCAAUUGUUUUGCCCUGGCCUAUUUCCCCUAUUUCAUCACCUACAAGUGCAGCGGCCUGUCAGAGUACAACGCCUUCUGGAGAUGCGUCCAAGCCGGGGCCACCUACCUCUUUGUCCAGCUCUGCAAGAUGCUGUUUCUAGCAACGUUCUUUCCAACCUGGGAGGGCGGAGCAGGCGCCUACGACUUCAUUGGAGAAUUCAUGAAAGCCACAGUUGACCUGGCCGACCUGGUAGGGUUACACCUGGUGAUGUCCAGGAAUGCCGGGAAAGGGGAGUACAAGAUCAUGGUGGCUGCCAUGGGAUGGGCCACGGCUGAGCUCAUCAUGUCCCGGUGCAUCCCCCUCUGGGUGGGAGCUCGCGGCAUCGAGUUCGAUUGGAAAUACAUCCAGAUGAGCAUCGACUCCAACAUCAGCCUGGUCCAUUAUAUCGCCACGGCUGCUCUGGUGUGGAUGUUUACACGCUACGAUCUACCCAAACACUACCGCCUGCCUCUCACCUUCCUCCUGGGUGUCAGCGUCUACAAAGCCUUCUUCAUGGAAUCUUUUGUUCACGUUUUUCUGCUGGGCAGCUGGACGGCGCUCCUGGUCAAAGCAGUCAUCACCGGCCUCCUUUCCCUCAGCUCCCUGACACUCUUUGUCACUCUGGUGCACGGCAACUGAGGGGCGACCGCCUGCCUCUUUCCAGUUAGUGGAGCAGCCUCCCUGUCCAUCUAGGGGUGUUCAGCUGGGUCCCCGGAUGCCUGGGCAAUGCAUGGCUUGGUCCCGCCCACUGCGAGAGCAAUUCCAUCUUGGCGUCUACUCACUGACGACGACGAUAAUAAUAAACCCCCCUUCCUUGGUUUUUCCCA